AUGUCUGACAACAUUUUCUCAUGAGAGAGUCCAUGUAAAUCUUCAUAUCUGAGUUACUGGGAAUCUUCAGCAUUUUGAAAGACAUUAUCAAGCCUCUUCAUACAAUUUUGGAGUAUCAGAAACCUCCUGACUGAUUUCUUGGAUUUCAGUCAUCAAGAAGUUAGGUGUUGUACUCUUAAUAUUUAUUUGCCUACUCUGUGAUAUUAUAUACCUUUUAAAUUUACUACUAAUAUUUUAUUCAAACUAAUUCUCCAUUUUUAGGCUCAGAAUGAUGCUGUUUGCAGCACUCUUGUGUUCAGAGACAUCAACUUUAGUUGGGAAGUGGACAAAGAUCACUCCAACUAGUCACAAUAAUGUAGUAGACCAGUUCACAAGCAAGCUGACUUCUUUUCAGACUGGGACUUGCUGCAUGUCGGCCUUUCAAGACGAUGGAUCAGAUGUGAAAAUUAAUGGAGUGUUAUUUAUCAACAAUUAUGGAAAUGUUAUGGCCUUCACAACUAGUUUCAACUACACCUUCAAUGCAUUUGAGACUUAUGAUCUCGAGAUUGAUUGGAAAGACAUAAAUUAUGGAGGAGCUAUCAAGCUUUAUUGGGAUUGAGGAGGUGGCAAAAUUCUCAUACCUUCAGAAAGUUAUGCAUCUGCUGAAGAUAUAGGAACUAGUCCUUUGCAAGUUUCUGCAGCUUGUCUUGAUAAAUAUGAGCAGACUCCUUCAACCACUGACCAAUGCAGGCCUAAGUGUGGGGAUGGAUAUGUCAUCAGUCCUGAAGUCUGUGAUGAUAACAACACUGUCAGUGGAGAUAGAUGCAGCUUUGAUUGUACUGCAAUUGAAUUGAGUUGGUAUUGAUUAGGAGGCUCAUCAACAUCCAAAAGUGUCUGAGCAGAGUGUAGCAACUGGUUCUAUCUAAAUGAUCCUUCUAGUCCAAGUGAAUGCACUACAAAAUGAAGUGAUGGAUACAGAGUAGGCUCGGAAGUUUGUGAUGACGGUGACAUUGUUGAUGAAGAUGGCUGAUCGUCAGAUUGUAGCGAAACUGAAGUUGGUUGGAAAUGCGAUACUUCAGUUCCAAAUAUAUGCACUCGAGAUUAUAAAUCCGUUCCACUAACUUCAAAUGAGAGAUCAUUACAGAUAGGAACUUUAGUGACCAUUCCUAUUCUAAUAUUCUUGAACAUCAUCAGAGGAUCUUUUAAUAAUUUAUCAAUAAACUCUGUAUUGUCUUCGGUCGAUCAGCUUCAGUUGUUGAUCCUAUUCUUGCUGUGUGAAACCUUCAUCCUACUCAGAGUGGUGACUUAUCUCAGAACACUCACAACAUCUUUGAUAGAUAUAGACAUUGACUGGAGCUUCAUCAUUGUCUUCAGGAAGAUUACCGAGUGGUUCGACUUUGCUCAGCCCAGAGAUGAUUUCGACAACAUUGAGAUCAAUUCGGGGAGCGCACUCAUCAACCUGAACACUCUGGUCUGCAUGUUCAUCAUUUAUGUCAUCAUCCACUUCAUAUUGUGGGUAUCCAAGAAGUGAGUUGGCAAGUCUAAAUAAACUCUGAGCUCGAUUCAUCAAGAAAGCUUACAGAAGUUUCACAUUCGAAAUGUAUGUGGUCUUGAUCUUUGAAGGAUUCAUCAACCUGUGUUUGUGCUCGUUCUCGGAGCUAGAACGGUACAAAAUCAACAAAACUGGGGCUAAGCGGGGUUCAUUCUACUUCGCUGUGUUCUUUGCCUUGAUAUGUACCAUUGUUGUUUUAACAGUUUUGGUAUUAUGGCUUUUUAUAAAACCGGAAAAAUCAAACAGAAGGGGAUUCCUUCAGAGAGAUCUUUAUGAUGGGAUCAAGCUCAAUAGAUGAGCCAGAUUGCAGCCCUUAAUGUUCCUUGCCAGGAAGAGCAGCUCUUUGAUCAAUGAUAGUCUUUAUGAGAUCGCUUGAUAAGUUUCUGUUCAUGAGUCUCUAUUCCUUCAUUAACUUAAUCUACUGGAUAAUGAUGUGAUACAUCAGACCAUUAGAGAAAGUUUCUGAGAAUAUCACUGAAAUAGCAAACGGAAUGUUUAUGACUACUUUGUGUCUGUUCUUGCAGUUCUGUCGUUCAGAGAAUGAUUGGGGUACCACCAAGACAACUAUUUUCUACUAGAUGUUGGUCCUGAGCAACAUCUUGUAUGUAGCAUUCUCAGUAGGUAAGCACUUUGUUGCUAGUUUUUUUUAUUUACACUCUCUGCACUUACAAGAAGAUUCAAAUGAAAGGAUUAGAGAAUAGGAUCCAGAGAAUUUCCCCGAAGAUCCUGAAAACAUGUAACAGUGUAUUUUUGCCCUGUAGUCCCAGAUAUUUACGCAAGUUAAGACAGAACAUUGGCUUACGUAAUUUGAAGGGCAGGAAUAUUUCUGCCCCUGCAUGAGGUUUAAACUCAUGUGUCUCUAAUCCAAAUAAUGUAAACUUGAAUAGAGACUCAAAUAUGUUUUAAAACUAGAUUUUUGCGCUGACCUGAGUUAAUUACUAAGCUACAGAGAGGGUACCAAACCCUUCAGUAUGGGUCCAUCAUGUCCAAUAAUAACCCAUGAGUCCAGCUUUGAUGCUCGUAGUGAUUACAACUAUGAAGCUAGGCUAGACCAU